AUGUCAAAAGUAGACUACUCUAUGUAUGGCUCUUUUGUUGCCCCUAUGUGGGACCUACUACCACAGUUACCUCAGAUGGUCCAAGACCAUUUCAACCAAGUUAUGGAGGAUGAAAUCUAUGGUACACCCAAGGCCCCUAAGGACAGCAAAUUACUAAAGUUCACUAUCAACGAAGAUGAAGAGCAAAUGAUUACACCUCUGUCUAUCCUUGUCAAAUGUAUUAGCAGACUAUACAAAGCCAUGCACAGUCUGGGCCCAUUUGCCAAUCGAAUUGAGCUAGGCAGGCAAAUGCGAACCAGAGCAAACCUGUUUGUUGCCAACAAACAAUGGGAUGCAUCUCACAUCCUCAACAUUAAGAUUGAAGGCCCAAUGAACCCUGGCCAUAAUGAUGAACAGAGCUACCUGACCAAGGUAGAAACGUCCAUCUCUGCCAGAGGUGAUACCCCCACCUUCGACCAAGUCGAGUUCAACCACUGCCUAGUUGGUUGUGAUGCCACACCAGGACCCACCCCUGAACUCAACAUGCUCACUAACCAUCACCUAAAGGUACUUUCUGGUCUGAAUGAUAAGAUGAGAUGGGAUGAACAAGACCUCCUUGACCCUAGAACAGUCUCAGUACAUGCAUGGCAAUGCAAGAUGCUGGUGAUGCUGUCAGUUGUCCCUUUCGCAUGA